CCUCUCUAUUUCUCUCUCUCUCUCUCCUCGCCUGCAUAAACCCACUCAAAAAUCCCAACAGAAGAAGAUGAUCCAAAUGAAGAAGAAGAAGAAAGAGAUGGAAGACUUAGGGAAAAAUGAAUCUGGGAAGCAAGAAUUCAAGCCGGUGAUUUCUCCGGCGACUUCCCCGCAGCAUUCCCCAUCUGGAUUUUCUGCCGGCGAAUAGCUGACGGCAGCGCUCGAGUCCGGGGUGAGUCUUGGAUCAGGAGAGUACUUCAUGGAUGUGCUUGUGGGAAGUAUGUUUCUGGCAUUCAGUGCCCCAAUUCUUGUCAUCGCAUUUCUGGCUAUAGCACAUCUUCUCAUAUCUGGGGACGAGGAAUUCCAAGUUAGAAACUGCAGGAUGAAGUCGUCAAAAUGUCCACGGUUCCAGUUGUGGACAUUCCCAGUUCUCGUCGAUGGACCCUUUGGAGUUGUUUCUGCUGCAGAGUUGAUUGGAAUUCUCCUCUUUUCAAUAUAUGUCAUCUGGGCUGUUUAUGCAUACACUCUUGUGAACUUCAAAGUCCUAUCCGAGUUUCAGUUGACUUUUCAAGAGCAAUGUUAUUUGGUGCUGGAGCUGACGGGACUUCGCCUUGGUAUGAUUGGGUUAUUUUGCUUGGUAUUUUUGUUUCUCCCAGUUGCAAGGGGAUCGGUUCUUCUCCGUCUCGUAGAUAUCCCUUUUGAGCUUGCAACUAGAUAUCAUGUAUGGUUGGGACAUCUCACUAUGCUACUUUUUACACUCCAUGGGCUAUUAUACAUAAUAGCAUGGGCAUUGCAAGGCGAACUCCUAAAUGAAAUAUUGGAGUGGAAAACCAUUGGUGUGGCGAACCUUGCCGGAGUCAUCAGCCUUGCAGCUGGUCUAUUCAUGUGGGUGACUUCACUUCCGCCAGUGAGGAGACAAAACUUCGAGUUAUUCUUCUAUACACAUCAACUGUACAUUGUGUUCGUUGUUUUCUUGGCCAUGCACGUUGGUGAUUUCAUUUUCAGUGUAGCUGCUGGAGGAAUAUUUCUGUUCAUACUUGAUCGGUUUCUUAGAUUCUGUCAAUCACGAAGGACUGUCAACGUAAUAUCAGCCAGUUGCAGUCCCUGUGGAACAGUGGAACUGGUCGUUUCAAAACCCGCAAAUCUGCAAUACAAUGCCCUCAGUUUUAUUUUUAUUCAAGUUCGGGAAUUAUCCUGGCUGCAAUGGCAUCCUUUCAGCGUCUCAUCGAGUCCUUUGGACGGAAAGUACCAUAUGUCAAUUCUCAUUAAGAAUCUUGGCGAAUGGACGGAAAAGCUAAGAGGGAAAAUCUUAAAUGGUCCCAAGGAGGACAGUCCAAUGGUACCGUUACAGUCUCAUCAUGCAAACAUAACUGUUUCUGUAGAGGGACCGUAUGGGCAUGAAUUCCCCUACCACUUAACGUAUGAAAACCUUAUCUUAGUCGCUGGAGGAAUUGGGAUAUCACCAUUCCUGGCUAUCUUGAGUGAUAUUCUCCACCGUAUUAAUGAUAAGAAACCAUGUCUCCCAAGAAAUGUUUUGGUAGUUUGGGCUCUGAAAACCUCGGAUGAGCUUCCUCUUCUUUAUAGCCUUGACAUGGAAUCAAUCUGUCCAGUUUUCUCUGAUACCCUCAAUCUUGAAAUUCAAACUUACGUCACUCGAGAAUCAGAACCUCGGCUGGAGGAGGGAAAAAUUAGUGAAUCUGUGAGCUCUUUCGGAGUUCCUAUCCGCAACCGGUAUGGCAUUUCUGUUUUGGUUGGCACUGGAAGUAUUGCCUGGUCUGGACUUUAUGUCAUUGUGUCUACAAUCGGACUCGUUCUUUCUGUUGGUUUGGUACAAAUCUUUUACAUAGAUGCUUUUGACAUAACUGCUUGGUGGCAAAAGGGGCUUCUAUUUGUUGCUUGUAUGGUUGGGAGUCCAAUUAUCUUUGGUGGUGUUGUGGUUGGUCUAUGGCAUUUGUGGGAAACAAAAACUUCAGCAAAAGAACUAGGUGAAGAUGACAGGCAAAAUAGUGGCAUCAUGCAGAAUAAUCAACCAAGGGAACAAAAGGAGUCGAGUGAGUGUUGUGGUGCUACUUCAAAUAUUGUUCGGUAUGGAUGCAGACCAGACUUCAAAGAAAUAUUUGGAUCGAUAGCAGAGCGAUGGGGCCAUGUUGAUGUUGGUGUGAUCGCGUGUGGUCCUCCAACUCUCCAGACAAGCAUUGCUAAAGAGUGCAGGUCCCAGAGUUUAAGGAGAAAAUCCAAUCACCCAAUCUUCCAUUUCAAUAGCCACAGCUUUGACUUGUAGCUAAUAGCUACUACUACCUCCCCUUCUCUUACUUAUGGUAACAAGUUAAUAACAUACUCCAUCCGCAGAUAAAAUAAAAUAAAAAAUACUCCACCCGUUUCUUAUUUUUGGUCCUUUUCGAGAGCUUCAACUUUUUAAGGAGGGAUGUAAUGAUUGCACUUAUAUUCAAAUUUAAUGACAUUAUUUCCAUCA